AUCACUGCGAGUUCCAAUUAUCUCAGCUAUUAUCCACGCAAAGGACGGCUCAAUGGAGACAGCGGUUGGUGUCAGCAGUCUUCUAAAAUCACUGAUAACUAUAUACAGGUUGAUAUGGGAGCAGGGCGCACAGUAUGCGGAGUCGCCACACAAGGAAAGGCAAACGGAUCGUUUAUAAAAAGCUACAGGCUCUCGUUUUCUACUGAUGGCACCAGUUGGACUGCAUAUAAGGAGCAAAACGUCGAAAAGGUAUAACACGUGACGGUCACUUUUUAGUACGCUGUCAAUUUUAUCUCUUCUUUAAACAUUUUCUAGUCUUAGGUUUCUUCUGUGCGCAUGCACAGGCUGAGAGAGGAUUUACCGGUUAGUAAUAGUUAAAAUUGAUGUAAGAAUAAUAAAUAACGCUCGGGAUAAAGAGUAAUUUCAGUGAUCUCCAAAAUCUGGAGUUUUUCACAAUUUUUUCAAAUAAAAAAAUAUUGUCCUCUUCUCCAUCGGAACAUGUAGAAAAGUGGUCCGGUUCCGCUGUGUCCACAGCAACGGAAAUAUGAGUAUAUGUCAUGAUUCUGUCUACGUAAACACGUGUUAGCCGUUACGUUUCCACAAUAGAAACACAGGUUUUAGCAACACUUCCGUGACCGGAAUUUUGUUUUUUCGUCCAGUGAUAUCAGCGGAGGGGUUAAAUGAGAUCUCAGUACAUAUCUAGAAAAUAAAUUAUAUCAGAGAGGGGAGGGGGGGGGGGAAAUUUCAUUUAAGUAGCUUACCUAAGAAUAAAUUUUACCUGAUGAUUAAAAUGGUUUCUCCUUUUUUUCAUUGCAGAUCUUUGAAGCGAAUUCAGACUUGAAUACCAUUGUAAAACAUACACUGAAUAACCCAGUCCAAGCAAGAUACAUUCGAUUUUAUCCGGUCACCUUUUCUGGGUACCCUUGUAUGAGGAUCGAAGUGUUCGUGUAG